UUCUUCCUCUGAUUCAUGGGCUGGUCAGGGAGUGGGUAAGAUGGCGGCGGAGGAGACGUUAACAGCGUGCAAUAUGGAUUUAUUCCUAAUGGAAACACUAGGCGAGGCUGGACUCAGUUCAUUAGAACCUCUGGAGUCUCUUCAAAGCUGCAUAGAUCCCUCUAUCAUUUCUAUGAUUGAYGACAUGUCAACYAUAGAGGCAAGACUGAGGUUACCUUUGUGUUUYAAAUGUUAGCUUUUGUUAAUUCUUGUAAACAAAUAACUUUGUKGCUGGUGUGUUCCUGUAGACUAAAGGCUUCGAUGCAGAGAGUGAGACCACGCUGCUUACAGCCCUGACGGAGAUCUUAGACAACGUGAAUGAUGAGAACCCGUCGCCGUUCGACAUGCUACCUGACUCGGACUUGCUGUCCAGUCAGAAGGACAGGGAACAGUCUCCGCUCAAGAGAAUCAUGUGUUUGUCUCAUUCUCUGCAAGACAAAGAUGCACUCUCUGACACCAGACCUUCCACUGAAAAGAGCCUAUUCAGGAUCCAGACAAACUCUCUCCAGAGAAGUGACGGCGAGGAAGAGGAGGAAGGUUCUUUUACUCUGAGCCCAGACAGACAUGGCUCAUGUCCUGAAACUGGUCUGUUUGGCUGGGAGGGUCUGUCCCUCCCUCUUCCGAUCACCUUUGAACAGGAGAAUGAAGAUAGUCUCGCUGUAAGUCUUGGAGACUUAGUUAGACACAUGCACCCAUAUUGCAUCCCCAUAUCUGUAGAGAACGAGACGGGGGAGCACCUGUUGCCCGAAGGAGGCAUAUUUCUUGAAGUUGUGGAUCAGGGAGAAAACGGAGAACCUAUCUUGGCCAUCCAAAAUAUGGACCUGCCUUCCUCCGAGCCUCUCACAGAGAUGAGUUUGGAAAAUCAGGCGCAAGCUUCAGAUGAAGCAGAGGAGGAGCCUUCUGACAGCUCAGAGCAAAUAGUAGUUGAUGAUGAUGAAGAUGAUGUGCUGCUCAAAAAUAAAUGUGCAAUUGCUGCUACGGUCACUUCAGUUCUACAAUCGYAUGUGAAAAAUGAAGUUGUCUUUCGGAGACCGAAGGAAAAGAAAACAAAGACCUCCUCGCGAAGAAAAAAGAAGAAAAAAAAAGAGCAGCAGCCUACCCAUGUGGAGGGAAGGGUUCUGAGGAGUGGUACCAUCACAAAACCAGCACAGAAAAUACAGAAGAAGCCUGAAAGAGAGUUGAUCAAAGAAGAGAAGAAGAUAAAAGGCCCCAGUGUUUCCUUAAAAUCACCUCAACCUCUUCUAAACUCUAAAGAAAUGAAGCCACGCAGAACUGAAAUGCAAACCGAGAACACCACUACAGCAUCACUGACUGUGAGAAACGAGAAAUCUGCUCCACUGUCACCAAGUCUGAAAACAGUUCCAUCAACUACUCCUGAUAAUGACUGUUCAGCCAGCGCAGGGAGCUCUCAGCCCCCAAAACCUCCAAAACAGCCCACCAUGCCUUGUGUUGAGGCUGAAAGCUCAUCAGCAGCCCCCUCUGUUCCCCCCUCCCUGGUAUCUUCUGAAAGCCCCGCAGCUGCUCCAAGCUCAGAGGUUCCAGAMACCCCCCCGCCUGUUAAUGCUGUCCUGCCGGCCCCAGAACCCAAACCCAAGUUGCUCAGUCUCGACGAGUACCGACGGCUUCGGCAGCAGAAGAAGCCGGCCCCGGUGGAGAAACCAGACAAGAACAUCACCAAGUGGCCCACCCUUCCAGAGCUCCCCAAAGAGCUCCAGCCCAUACCGUGCCUGCCCUACCCCAGUCCCAAGGACCCCAGACGUCCCAACGCGCACGUCGCAAAAAGGGAAGUGGAGGAGGUCGAGCCUGCUUGGCAGCCAAGGGGCCCGGGAGCCCCACCCACCCCCGAGGCGCUGUUGGUGCCACCCGCCUACAUGAUUUCUUCAUCCAGCAAGGUUGCAUCAGCUGCUGCAGUUCACAAACCCCCACAAACCCAAGAACCACCCAAACUCCCCGAGCAGCCUCCGACUCUUUGUUCCGAGAAGAYUUUAGCCACACGUCCACACACCGCUGCCAAUCCUACAGUGUCCUGCGAGUCUCCAGCUUCUUCAAAACCUGCAAACCACUCGACGUCUUCAGCUGAUGGAAUGGUUUCUGGAGUUCCAGGUAAUAAAGAUGGGGUUGAUGGCCCAGCCCAGUCACAGUCUGUAUCCCUAAAGUCUGGAGAUCUUACUAAAAUAUGCCCUGUGACUGAACCAGCCGUCGCUUCUGGACUUGCACCGAGUGCCCCUCUGAAGACCACCAUCUCUCAGAAGAUACCCGAGGUCACUGCUUCUACCUCGUUAACUGACCCGAAGAGCAAAUCCUCCAAACUCGCAGCCUGUAGCGUCAAACCUUCUCCUGCUGCUCUUACAUUAAAUACCUGUACUCCUAAAACACAACGUGUCAUGCUUGAAUCUAAAGAAAAACCAACUAACCAAAAAGCAAAGGAUGCUACGCAGGAGCUGAUUGAGGCAUUUGCUGGUGAAAUAGGUAUUGAAGCUGCUGAUUUGACCAGCUUACUUGAACAGUUUGAAGAGACCCAAGUGAAAGACAAACAAUGUGUGCCGGAGGUCUCUGGUAGAGCAGCAGCUGUAGGAAACUCGAGAACUGAUCCGGUUCCAGAGAAAACUGUAAUAGAGCGACUAAGAGCUACUGAACUCUCAACCACUGCAGCUCUGACCCCUCCAGCCACACCUCCCCAACAGAUGUGGAAGCCUCUGCCCACUUCACCUCUGCAGGUGAAAAGCAAAGCGGCUGAGACCACCAGGCAGAGUCUCUCCAAGGUUAUCCAGAUAGAAGCGCAGCCUCUGCCCUCUGUUAGGUCCCGUGGCAAAUCCACSCCCGCUGCUGCGUCUGUAGCUCCUGAUCUGGCAUGCAUGGAUCACGACUACUGCCUCCCAAACAAAGGCUCAUCCACCGAAGAGCCAGUCAAGCGUUGGAAUGUUAAACAGCAACCGGUCAUCACUAUAAAGCCCAUUCAAGCUUCAACCACUACACAAACACCCUCAGCUGCCGCGGCUCCAUCAAUCCAGCCUGUUAAAGCUCCUGUGGUUCCUGUCAAAACGCAGGUUUUCCCACAGUCUGACCAUUUGCAGAAGAGGGCAAGUGAUGGGCCAGGUGAAUGCUCUGUUCUGGAGACUCCGGAUGCUUCUCCAACUCAACAGGAGUCUGAAUCUUCUUUUAAAGUCUGGAGCCCCAGAAGAGAUCCAUCAAAGAGGUCCUAUCGUCGACACGCUYCUUCUCGUUCACCCAGUCCCAGGUGUAGUCCCAAAACAAGAACAGGUGGGAGAUCGAGAAAAAGAAGAUCCCACCGUUCUCCCAGUCCCGUGUCCAGCUGCUCAGACUCCUAUUCUUCCAGAUCUCGGUCCAGAUCAUGCUCCCCACCAAAGAAAAGGUAUCGAUCCCGCGGCUCGGACAGCAGCUCCAGUUCAUCUCAUUCCUCYUCUCGUUCUCCCUCCGUGUCCCGCUCGCCUCCCAAGAGGAGGAGGAGAAACUCUUACUCCUCGUCUCGCUCGGGCUCCUGGAGUCGUUCCAGGUCCCGGUCCCCUCAAAGACAAACMCAGUGGAAAAAAACCCGACGGCUGUACAGCCCCUCAUACAGGCCCAGACAUCAUCAUAGUGCAAAAAGAAAUAUGGAAGAAUCAAAGAUCCGCAAAGAACAAGCCAUU